UGCGGCGUGCGUGCAUACGUGAUUCUGGUUCUGGUGCGGCUGACGCUCCUUCCCGGGUGGUGUGGUAAAUCCCGGGAUGUGGUAAAGUGUGUGCCUGUUGGUGGAUUUUCUUGUAGGGUGCGAAUUUGGCUAGAGCAUAAAGUGAAGGAGGUGUUGUCUGCCGGUGUUAACGCGAAAAAAGAAGAGGUGCUUCCGCCGGUGCAGUGAAGUGUACCGUCCGAUGGUCUCCCGUCCUCUCCGUGAUCGAUGGCAACCACCACCGAACCGAUUAUGGCGGCCCUUAAUACCCCAAAACGCCUGAAAACGAUGGUUCCACAGUGUCACAAUUAUUUGAGUACGCCUCCGCCGUCGUCGUCGAUGGGCAUCGGAUCGCCUCCGCUCGAGUCGCUGUCGUUUGGCAAUUUCGACGCGCUGGCACCGACGACAACGGCGACGGCGAUCGUUGCCGUGGCAUCCGCAACCGCAACGACAACACCGCAGCAGCAGCAGCAGCAGCAGCAGCAACAGCAGCAACAACAACUGUGGAACAACUCAUCUAGUUGGCUGAACGAAGCAACCAGCCCAUCGUCUAGUUGUGGUUCGCCGGAUGGGUUGCUGAACCGCAGCUUCAACGGUGGCCACAACGGUACCGGUACGCCAAAAACCUGGAGUUCGUCGGGCGGCGGUUCGGCCGAAAAGUCGGAAAACAAGCGGGGCCGGCCACGGUCCGAGGCACUAACGACGCUCAUGGUCGAAGGUUCGAUUUCACCGUCCGCAAUUAAAUGCCGGUACUGCAAUCGGGUGUUCCCGAGGGAGAAAUCAUUGCAGGCGCACCUCCGUACGCACACCGGAGAGCGACCGUAUCAUUGCGACUAUCCCGGGUGUACGCGUGCAUUCACACAGAGUGGUCAGCUAAAAACGCAUCAGCGGCUACAUACCGGUGAGCGGCCUUUUAUCUGUGCGGCAGCGCGCUGUCAGAUGCGGUUUACGCACGCUAACCGCCACUGUCCGGAUCAUCCGUACGAGACACUGAAGCGGUGCGACGAUUUCGUCAUCCAAACCGUGCCGGAGCAGAACGGUGAGGUGCUGAAGUGGCUGGAAAAGUAUCGAGCCGAGCGAGAGGAUCGGACACCGACCCGGAAAACACCGAAGCGCAACAGUAAUCGUGGUGGUGGUGAUCUGAUGACCGGUAGUGGCGGCAGCAAUCGUACGAACAAUGAGAAUGAAAACCAGCGACCAUCGGCGAUGCAACGGCCGCCAGAUAACGAUGAGAACAGACACCACGGUGGUUACGGUGGUGGCUAUGGCACGGACAGUGCCAGUAGCGGUGGAAUGGGUGUCGAUCGGAAUGGCUCACUGCUACAGUCACCGAUCACACCGAACAAUACGUACAAAUCGAGCCGCAAGGGACUGAUGUGUGAACUCGACAUGAACGCUGGCCGUGGCCUGGUGGCCAGUCCGGUGACGACCAAAACGAAGACGAGCACGCGCCCAAAGCUUAUCCAGUGGCAGGAACCACCGCUGAUGCCCACGUCGGCCCACGGGGAGGACGAUGACGAACCGGAAGGAUCGGGCGAUGAGGAAUCCUGUGCGCCCGCGCAGUCCACCUUCAAUCCGAAGAAGAAGUGGCUCCGGGAGGCUUGGCAGGAUGAUUUGGCGAAACCGCUCGAACCAAACGUGAUCUCGCAGAAGGUGUUCGCUUCGACGACCUCGACGAUGGCCCUGAAGCAGCAGUUACAUCAGGAAAGCAGCAGUAAACAUUCGCCGGUAAAGAGAGCGUUCGGUCAGCAGCAGUCGAUCACAGGCCACAAGCAGCACCAGCAGCCAUUACCUCGCAGUAGCGCCACCAGUAGUCUCCCGGUUCCGGUACUAAUGGGAACCACACAGACGGCGGCACCAACCACCACACCCCUCCUGCCUGUACCCAUCAUCGAUCCUAAUCAAAUGCGCCCAACGGUACUGAUGGUGGCGAGUAAAGACUGUGCCCGGCCGCUUUGUGAUCAACCGGCUGCCCUGCUAACCAACGGAGCACCGAAACCGGAGGAGAACAAUCGCAAACUACAGGGUGCCCUUGCUCUGAUGCAACUUGCCACGGAGGACGCACAGGUUGGUGGUGCCGUUACAGUCGACGAACGUUGCAACACAUUGGCUGAGGAGGAUGCGCUGCUUAAUGGAACGCAAACGCCACUUUAUGCUUACGAUGGUUCCAGUAACGUUGCCACAUUAACAGACAAGGUACCAUCGUACCAGUCGCCGGGGUACAGCGUUAACGGCACACAUGGAGGACACGAAGUUUAUGAAUAACGUUCCGAAUGAGCCGAUUUUUUGUACGUUAUUUCCAAAGAAACCAACCAACAAUCGUAGAGGCAAAAGGACUCCAAAGAACGUCUGCUUCUCGGGUUUAGUAAGAGUUGUACGUUAGACUAGGCGUACCGGUGUGUAUAGAGUGGAAGGGCGAUGUCAUAGGUUAGCUAUUAUUCCCUGUGAUUAACUUAAAGAACCCUAUCCCCAUCCCUUCCUUCCGUAAGAUGUUUAACUAAUUUACACUGAUUAUGAUUAGGAGAUUUGCUACACGAGCGGACUAAAUUCUCCCCUUUAAUAUUCUGGUAGGCAGCAUACCAACUACACUCACCAAUUUUGCUACUUUUGCUUUGUUUUGAAUGACCAACAUCACGAACUUCUUCCCCCUAUUUUCUGGCCGCUCUGUUUGGCUUCUUCUGCUUUGGUCUAAUAACGAAAACGGAUCCGAUUAUGUUUUUUUUUAAAUCAUCAAAAGUAUACAUUAUAUAUUAUCACUGCAGCGCUGGUCGAUC